AUGGCGCUGUCCACACCUCGGUACGAUGCUUCGUCGGUCGACAUUUGGGCGCUCGGUAUCACAAUCGUUGUCGGCGGCCAGUACUUCUCAUGGAACACGGGGCUUGUCGCUGGCUUUUACAGCUACCUCGGCGCGACAGGGCUCAUGGGGUUUGCGUACUGCUGCAUGACACUUUGCCUCGCCGAGAUCUCGAGCGCGCUGCCGUUUGCCGGCGGCGCUUAUGGCAUUGCGCGCUGCUCGCUCGGGUUCUAUCUGGGCUUCAUGAUGGGGUGCUGCGAAACCCUCGAGUACAUUGCGUAUGUCGCGUCGUCGGUGCUGAUGCUCGGGAAGAUGGUCACGACCAUGCUGCCAGAUAUGGAGCCGCUGCAGCCAGCCAUUUGGCUGCUCGUUUACGCCACCGCGCUUGGCGUCCACCUCGUCGGCGGCAUCAUCUUUUGGCGCGUGAACCGGAUUCUUGCGUUUGUCUCGCUGGUGAUCAUUGCCGUGUACGUACUCGGCUGCUUUAGCCUCAACACGACCGAUCUGACUGCCUUCAGCAGCGAGCGCCACGCGUUCGACGCUCACCAAUUCCUCCGUGUGCUUCCGACAACCGCGUGGUUCUUUGUCGGCAUCGAGUCGCUCAACUUGGCGAGCGACGACGCGACGUUGCCCCGGCGCGUCGUUCCGCGCGGCCAGCUCGCGUGCAUGGCGACACUGCUAUUCUCGGGCAUUCUUGUGCUUGUCGCUUCGUCGUUUGUAGCGCCCGGCGACGUAGCCCUUCAAGACGACACCGUUCCGUUCAACAAUGGCUUCAUGAAGAUGUUUUCCAUUUCCGCAUCAACGGCCACGCUCUUGUCGCUACCGGCCACGUUUGCGACCAUCUUUGGCUUCAUCUACUCGUACAGCAAACUCACGAUCGCGAUCGCCGGGUCCCAGCUCCUCCCGCCCAUCUUUCUACAAACGUGGUUUCCACACCGCGUGCACGGCCCCGCGCUCGUCCUCACGUCCAGCGUCGGCUACGGAGUGUGUUUGGUCACGUACUUUGUGCCGUCGAUCGGCGACUCGCUCUUCUCCGUGUGCAUCUGCAGUGCGUUCUGCGCCUACAUUGCGCAGUGCAUUGGGUUCAUCUACCUCCGGCUCUCGUUUCCGCACAUUGAGCGCCAGUACACGAGUCCCCUCGGUCUCUACGGCGCCGUCUUGCCGCUUCUCGUGUGGCUCUUGAACCUCGUGUCGAUCGCCGGGUUUCAGAACGACGGGCAGCGCGCGUUCUUGGCGUUUCUAGGCAUGUGGGCCGUCUUUUCCGUCUACUACUUUGCCUACGCCAAGGCGCGGCAGACGUUUUCGGACGACGAGCGCAAGAUCCUGUUUGUGGCCCACAUUGCCAUUUUCAACAAGGCGCGAGCGAGCAACAAGAACCAGCGCAAGAAGACAAGCGACCGGCCCUCGAUUGCCAGCAAGCGCACGUCCAGGGCUGGGACAACGACGACCACGAAAUCGACCAAGACAACGACCGAAAUGGUGUCGUCCAAAUCCGGUGACGUGAUCCCGAUCACGCCCGAGCUGCGACGCAAGUCGUCGGCGAUCCCGCCGUCCACCCGGCGUAAAAGCAGCGCCGUCACCGUCAUGAUCGUACCUGUCGGUGGCGCCAAGGGCCCCGCGCGCGAGAUUGACGGCCGGUGA